CUUGUUCUUCUGUGGAGGGAGAAAAGUUUUCACGGAAGGGACUUGACGGACUUUUUGUGACUUUGUUCGGCCAAGCUUAGCGUUGCAUGUUGGAACCAAACACCUAACUGCUCAUUCAUCGCUCCCAGCUCCUUUCGGGCUGAUAAAGUGAAAGAAGUUAUGGCUGACAGCCGGGAAGAGGGGAAAGAAGACCAGGAGCCUCAGGGCGCCGUGGGUGGGGAAGAUGUCAUUGAUGAUCCCAUCCUGGAGCAAGGCGCAGUGGUACUCAGAGCGUAUGUGAUUGAACGUAUAAACGCGGAGGAGCCAAGUCGCCACGUCUCCUCGGAGCAUCUCGGAGGAAGACCCAACGAACAACAGGACCCUCAUGUCAAAGAGGUGGUGCAGCAGCUGCUGAAGAUCGCAGAUGAGAUGAACAGGAACACUGAGCUCCAACGACUGAUCAACCAGGUACAGGCCAACUGUGCUCAGGACAUCUUCAUGAAGGUGGCCCGGAACAUCUUUGCUGACGGCAUCAACUGGGGGCGAGUGGUGGCUCUCUUCCAUCUGGCCUACAGACUCAUACACAAGGCCCUGACCACCAACCAUCUAGAGAACAUCAGAACAAUCAUCGGCUGGGUCUUGCAGGUGAUCAGAGAGCAGCUCUACUCGUGGCUGGUGCAGCAGGGAGGCUGGGAGGGGGUGAUCCGUGGUUUUUCUCAGUGGAGGACAGUAGCCAUAGUAGCAUCAGUAGCAUUGGUAGCAGCUAUUGUUUAUUACAGGAAGACGCGCUGAGAGCUAAACACCUCACCACCAGGGCUGCAGUCCCAUCUCCUGGAUAAAUGCAGCAUGUUAAUAAAGACAAUCUCUGGACAUUAUUUACAACGACUCCAUCUCAUCAACCAGCGGAAGUCAAGUACUGGACUUAGAGGGGGGAGGGGGGAUUCUCUCUUCACAGGAUUCCCUGGAACAAAAAAUAAUUGGGAUGCUCUCAGCAGUGGCUUUCAGGAGAUGGAGUAACAAACAUGGGACGUAUGUAUAGAGGUCCUGAAACAGAAAAGAGGACCAGACUCCACCUGAACCAGGUCUCAGGUCCACAUCUGCUAUUUAAACUGGACCUGAGAGGGUAUACCAAUAUUGGAAAAAGGAAACGACAUAUGGUGCAUCAUAAGUCAGCCAAUCAAAAUUCAUCACUGAUUUCUGUAGCUUUAUCAUGUCAGCCUGUGCUGGAAAUGUUAAUGUGUUUCAGCCCAGAGGCUACGCAUUUGGCAUGUGGUAGCACAGAAAGAGCUGUGGUCAUCUCCAUCCACCUGUCUCAGGGCCCUCGCACCGUGUCAUGACAUUGUAAAUGUUAUCAGUGAGGCAAAGUCCAGUGUCUUUGGGAGGGGAAAGGUCUACUGCCAACAAAACACGGCUUUAAGUGUCCUGAAUAUGUGACUGAAUUCAAACUGCUCGUUAUGAUUUCUAAAUAGCUUGGACAUUUCUUACCAAAAUGAUUCUUCAGAGUUCUUGACUUACCUCCUAAAGUUUUAAUAUACCUAUUUAUAUAUACAAACUCAAACAUUUCCCUACUGAGUUGCCUAAAGUGUAUACUGAUAAUUCAACCAAAGAGUUUGAUGUCAAUCAUUUAUCUAUAUAAUGUUGUCUAUGCAGGAAACUAAUGGGACUCUUAACACUGGGGCAAAGUCCUCCCACCACACUGCUGUAAAGGUGUGAGAGUUACAGGGAGAGAUACUUUAUGCUGGUGCUUUCAUAUAGAGUCCAUCCAUUAGCUCAGGACCUGUGGUCAGCUGACCAUCACUGGACUGUGAACACUAGUUCGAGUAUCUAACCCCCAGUUUCCACCGGGUCCGUCUGCGCCGCGCUGCGCCGCGUUACGGCUCAGACGCGUCCCAGAAGCGUCCCGGCGCAGCGCUUCUCUAAAAUUAGGAUGAAUCCUAUUUUUGCCGUGCCGCAGCCGUAACGUAAGGUCGGGCAGGCAGCCCCCCCUCGCAGGAAGUGGAAAGGAGAGCAUCCGGGCCAGGCCCAUCCCCCACAUAUACUAAUUUAGCAGAUCCCCCUCCUCCUUCAUCACAACACCUCCACUACGACACGCACAAUGGACGAUGAGGUUUUCAUCAUGGAAGUGGACUUACAAUUAUUAUUAACUGUGUCUGUCUGUAGACUACAACACAACAAAAUAGGAAAUUUAUAACAAUAAUAAACACAAUUUAAACAGACACAAAAUAAAACAUUUAACUACUAGCCUACUUACUUUCUUGUAGAAAUACAAAUGUUCAGGAUGCCCGAAUCAAUAACAAAACUGCGAGCCUGCACGCACGACGCUAUGCUUCUGAAACACUUCUGGGACGCGUCCGGUGGGUUAUGGCGCUAGAGGAGGUCGGACCAAAACCGCGGCGCAGACGGACCCAGUGGAAACUGGGGGUAAGAAUGACGCGAGGACUUUAUAAAAACGCCUUGACGUAGCAUCUACAAACAGAAUGAUCUGCACCCGCAGUGUGAAGCUCAAAACGAGGUGCAGGGAGGAUUGUUGUAGGCCGACCGAGAAGUUAGCAUCGCACGGCAGAAAAUAGUCUCUGUGGCAAACAGAUGUUUAUGAUACUUCCCUUUUGUUCAGCAGGAUAAUCUCCGAACAUAAACACCACUUUUAUCUUUUUUUAAGUUGAAAUGCAAUUGCCAGAUGUAAAAAGAUGACAUUAUGCUAUAAAUGACUACAUCACACUGAGUGCAUCAUGUCAACACCGCUUAGCUAAAGGUGCCUAAUGUUCUUCGUGAUGACGUUUAGCAGUCUCAUGUAGCUAUUUCUUAGCAACCACCGAUUUUACGAUUCAUAAAAUCUUCUGACAUUUAUCAGUGGGGUAUUUACGGUUUCAGUGACAUUGGGACACUUCCACUAUCUUUCUGUUGCCCCUGUGAAUGCAACAGGACCAACAUCUGUAAUAAAAAGGGAGACUACGGACCAGACUAUUAUAGUACAAAAAACAUUCUCCACAGCUCUAUAGAAAACCUCCUAUAUAGGUUCAUUAUUCAAACUAAUGCUUUUUGGUUAUUGCGAUGUGUCAGAUGAUGUGAUGGAUGGUUUCCAUGGGAACAGUUGGUAGCCUAUAGCAGAGCCAGAUGCUGUUAUCUGGUGCCAUGAGAUCUUUUGUCAGGGAUUUUUGCUACCAAACUGAUCCUGCACUUUGAGAGGGAUAUCAACUAUUUAUCUGCUGUUCUAAGGUGUUUGUAAUGUGACCCGAUGAAUAUUUUAUUGUUAGAAACAAUAAUCUCAUUGGAUUCCAUUUCUGUGAAUGAAUUAAAAACGUGUUUUACCACUGCU